UUUUCUCAAUCCUCGCCGUACGCGCAUGGACUUUUACCUUUCGUCUGCCACAUAACCGGCACAUUUACGACUGUGAGCGGAAUCACAAAGAUAACAACAUGGUGGAUGUAAACAAACAAACAAGACACUCACGUUUAAAGUUUGACUACAAGUUUCUGAAACGUUUCUUACGGCUGCUUGGAUGGAUGUUCCCUAGUCUGUGUAGUAAACAGUCCAUCCUUUUCCUGUUUCUCCUCUGCCUCGGACUCCUAGAGCAAGUGGUAGUGUUUAACAUCGGAUAUGUGCCGUCCAAGUACUACGAGGUGUUUGGUAACAAGGACUAUGAAGGAUUUGUACAUGAAACAUUCCUCGCCUUACUGUUGAUCAUCUCAGAAUCAUUGAUAAAGAGUACUAUAACCUUUGUUGGGUCCAUUUUAUACAUCCUUUUGCGGGGUUUGCUUACCAAGAGGAUACAUCAGAAGUACUUUAAAGAUUAUUUGUACUAUAAAAUCAAUGUUCUCAGCUCUACAGACAAUCCUGACCAGCGUAUUACUCAGGAUGUUGAGCGACUUUGUUUUUACUUCAGUGAAAUAUUGUCACCUCUAGUUAUCUCCCCUUUCACAAUAGGGUAUUAUAUCUAUCAAUGUAUACAAAAAACAGGAUACUUAGGUCCAGUGGGAGUCCUAGGCUUCUUCCUGGUAGGAACAGUGUUCAACAAGUUGUUAAUGUCCCCAGUUGUUGACUAUGUAUUUAGGAGGGAGAAGAUGGAGGGCAAUUUUAGGUUUAAACACAUGCAGAUGAGGGUGAAUGCUGAGUCUGCAGCCUUCUAUAAAGCUGGUGCUAUAGAAAGGAACAAAACUGAUACUCAUCUCGACAAUCUCCUCACCGUCCAAAAGAAAUUAGUCAUCAGAAAAUAUUUUCUUAAUAUGUCUAUAAACCUGAGUGAUUAUCUGGGAAGUAUUCUGAGUUACCUGUUGCUGGCCUUGCCCAUCUUCAAAGGUUCUUAUGAUAAUCUAUCUGCUUCGGAUCUCGCGGCCCUAAUUAGCCAGAAUUCAUUUGUGAUCAUAUACCUGAUCAACUGCUUCACCAAACUGAUAGACAUGUCUGUACAGGUGUCAGAAAUGGCAGGGAAUGCCCAUAGGGUGGGGGAGCUGAUGGAAGCCCUGGGCACACUGAGAGCUGAGGAUGACACUGUUUACAACUUCCUGGACCCCAGCAAUGAUGGGGAUGCAGCUAUUAGUUUAUCAGACAUAUCUAAUGUACCCAGCAAUCGAGGUGAAGAUGAGGCAUCAGUUGGCAGUGUACAGAUGAGUGAGAGGGCCCUCACCAUACAGGACCUGACCUACGGACCUCCUAACAGCCAUGUCAUUCUCUGUAGAAAUCUGUCCUUCCAGCUGGAGUCUGGUGUGAACACCUUGAUAAAAGGAGAUAGUGGCUGCGGCAAAAGUUCUCUACUGAGGGUUAUGUCAGGACUGUGGCCUACUGUUACAGGAUCUGUUACAAAACACAUUCCAAUGGUGCACAAGAAGAUAUUGUUUCUGCCACAGAAGCCCUACUUCACAGACGGAUCAUUGAGAGAACAGGUGAUGUACCCUGUACAGGAUAUACUUUCUGGCUCAGUGUCGGCCGAGAACCAAAAGAUCUUCCAGUACCUGGAGUAUGUCGGACUAAAGGACAUAAUAGACAGAGUUAUUGACCUUGACAGGGACAUGGAUUGGAACUGGUAUGAUGAAUUGUCACCAGGAGAGAUGCAGAGACUGUCCUUUGUACGUCUGUUCUACCAUCAGCCAAAAUUUGCAGUGCUGGAUGAGGCGACCAGUCAGAUUGGUCUGGUGGCAGAGGAGAAGAUGUACGAGAUGUGUGGCCAGCUUGGUAUCACCGUGCUCAGUGUUGGCCAUCGCCACAGUCUUGACAAAUACCAUACCAUAGAGAUCAUCCUGGAUGGUCAAGGGGGCUGGAAGAUACAGCCAAUCACAGACAAUCUUAUAUCGGCAAGCACCUGCUGACAUACAAACAUAAGAACCAUUUUGCAUUAUUGUAGUAUUCGUGGUUAGAAGUGGAAGGUCAAUGUUUCUGAUAGUGUUCCAUUGAGGAUUCCUGUCUCGCUGCAUUGUUUUAUCCCAUAAACAGUGACCUUCCCUGAACUUCCGUUUCAAUGUAUCUAGCACAAUUGGGCCAGGCCAGGCCACCUGACCAGGCAGCUCAUUAGGUUAGAGCAAUAGUACAUCAAUCUGAGGUUCAGGGUUUGAAUCCCAGUCUAGCCCGCUGAUUGUUUUACGCUCAGAACAAUGUUUUUGAUUAUAUGAUUGUUUAUUUCAUCUUCAUGAUUUCUCAUAAAAGUCCCACUAGGUAUGGUUUUCUUUUCAGAAAUGAUUUAUCAAAGCCAUUGACAUGCAGGAAAAACCAGUUUUCUACACUUAGUAACAGAUUUUGGCAUUGGUAUGGGGAUCCUUAAGAUGUACUGACACUGUUACUAGUACGGAGAUCUUUAACAGUGACUGACACUGUUACUAGUACAGAGAUCUUUAACAGUGACUGACACUGUUAGUGGUACGGGGAUCCUUAAGAGUUACUGACACUGUUAGUGGUAUGGGGAUCCUUAAGAGUUACUGACACUGUUAGUAGUACGGGGAUCUUUAACAGUGACUGACACUGUUAGUGGUACGGGGAUCCUUAACAGUGACUGACACUGUUAGUAGUACGGGGAUCUUUAAGAGUGACUGACACUGUUAGUGGUACGGGAUCUUUAAGAGUGACUGACACUGUUAGUGGUACGGGGAUCCUUAACAGUGACUGACACUGUUAGUAGUACGGGGAUCCUUAAGAGUGACUGACACUGUCCAUAAAAUGUUUUGAUGGAAAGUAGAAAAGGUAGAUCGAUAAACAACAUUCCUAUUUUUUUUUACAACACAUGUGUUCUACAUUUCGUUCAUAUUGUUUAUAUGUUCAAUCUGUAACUAGUUACCCAUGUCACAGACAGAAAUGAAGCUGGUAAUUAUAAUGUACCUGUCCAGUAUUUGACACUACCUCAUUCAAGUGUUGCCAUUACUUAGAGCUUCUUCAGAUCAUUUCUGUAAAUGUUUUAAAAGAAGUAAAUCAAAAAUGACAUUAACACUCAUAUUUAUGCUUUUAUUUUUAACAACAUUUUUAUUUGUGUUUUUUUAAAGUUAAUUUAGCAAAAUUGAACAACAGAAUUCCAAUUUUCAUGUUUACUUUUACAUAAAAAUCUACAGGUCUAACUGAUGGUUAUAAUAGACAGGUUUAUCUCUGUCUAUUCAAAACUGUGUAUAAAGUUUUUGAUAUAUAUGUUUUUUUAUACGAUGUAAUACAAAUCCUGGUUAGUGCAUUUUUCCCCUAUCAUGACAUUAAUGCGAUGAGAUUACUUUCAGAAUUUGUAAUUGGGUGUGUAUAUUUUUUCACUUUUUGAAGUAUUGGUGAUAUUGCAUUUAGUAUCUAGCUAUGUGAGCAUUGUUAAAAUGUCAUGAUACAUGAUACACAUUAUGGUAUAGUGUUUUAUUGUAGACAAUACUUUAUUAACGUUUGGCGAUUACUCAGGAAGCCGGCCCAAGUCUUUGAUGAAUUUCCAAAUUUUUAUUGCUGAUAAAAUGAUUGUUUCUCGUGGAAAUAUAAUAAUUUUUUGUGAAAUAAUUAAACUUUACAACAUCAAAAUUUCCCUCAUACCCUAUUUUGGCUGAAGACCCUGAACAAGCUUGAGGGGACAGGAGGCCCUAAUUAUAAGGACAGCUAUAGAUCUACAGUUUAUAUUGGGUACGAUACGAAAGUUGCUAUAAACAAUGGUUUAUUUACAUGAUCCAGAUCUUCAGCAGACCGUGACUGUUUCUCAAUGGUUAAGAUGGAUUUACAGUGGGUGGUAUGAAUUCUCAUAAGGUCAUAUGGGUAGUCAGCAUAUCAGCUGAUAACACAGCAGUGUUACAGUAAAAUUGCAUUUAAAAAAGACAUGUGUCAACUUAAAUAUUGGUCGGUAUUUGAUUUUUUUACCUGAAACCAAUCACAUGGCUUACCAUUUGCCUUCAAUUUUGAUAUAUAUAAGGGUAUAUAUAGGGUGCAGAGAAUGGAAGUGAGUGGAUGCCAAGUAUUAUAACAUAUUCAGAAAGUGAGGCUACAUACAAGUUUGUGAUGUUUACAAUAAUAACAAGAUAAUUAGUGUAUCAAAUAUGAGAUAUGAUUCCAUUCAAGUUUCCAUUCUAUUUCACUUCAUAUGUAAUAUGUUUGUUUAAUGAUGAGAUAUAUAGUAUUGAUGUUACCAUUAAUUUUAAAAGAUUAUGCAUUGUUAUAUUAUGGUGAAAUAUUUGCUAGUUGUGACUACUUUAAUGAUCUCGGUUUAUAUCACAGCUCAGCUGGCUGCCGACCAAAUAUUAAUGCUCUUAGGACGGUCUUGUUAGCUUCAGGUGUAACUGGUUGAUGUUGUGAUCUCAAGAGAUGUUUGACAUUAUCUUAUAAUUUAUCAUUUGUGCCAAGCUGGGUAUGCCAAGCAGAUCCAGGGCAAUUGUUUAAGUGUGAGGUGGGUAUGAGGGUAGUUGUUUGUGUGUGGGGGAUGGGUAUGAGGGUAGUUGUUUGUGUAUGGGGGAUGGUGUGAGCCAUGUCAAGUGUAUAUAAUAUACAGAAGUGCUGUAAUAAAGUGGUUGUUUGGAAAAAUUUAUGUUGGUGUUUGAUUCAGGUAACUUGCCUCAGUUACAUAUACCUAGUAAGGCAACUUCACACAACUAACUACAAGUUUGUCCUGUGUGUUUAGAAUUAAUGAGAAUUCACAAUUUGCAUGAUUGAAUCGGACAUUAACCCUCUCACCUCUAUGUAAUUUAAGCAAACCUUACUAUGCAUUGAUCUGGAUGAGUCCAUUAUGGUCUACAGUGGUGAAAGGGUAAAACCUUUUUUUUCUUUCUGAAUGAUCAAUAUCUAGACACACCACUACAAACAACCAGAGCAUCAGUAUGAUUUUAUUCUGUUUACUAGACAUGUAUAAAUGUAUGUAAAAAAGGUAGUACAUUCCUACCUUAUCAGGUGUACAAAUGUCACAGCACUUUUAAUUUCAUGAACAUGCAUAUAUACAAUGUUGAGUAUUAAUGAAUGAAUAAAUGGUACAGAAAUGUAUAACAUAGUCACUAUCACUUAAACACACUCGAGAACAUGGUCACUUUAAAAGGAGAAAAUGAAUUCUCAAUAAAAAUA